AAAAAUUAAUCAAGGUAUUUGAGAACUAUUCACAAAUAUGUCGCGUAGGAUUUAUAACAAAAUAUGUUUGAUUUGUGGGGACAAAGCUCUUGGCAAUAAUUUUGAUGCCCUUUCGUGUGAGUCCUGUAAAGCAUUCUUCCGGAGAAAUGCCAUCAAAACUAAUGUGGCAAAAUGUAAUUUCAAUGAUAACUGCAAAAUUGAUGUCUUCUCCAGAAGAUUCUGUAAGACAUGUCGACUCAGAAAGUGCUUUGAAGUGGGAAUGAAAACGGAUUACAUACUAACGAGUGAACAGAAACUCGAGCGAAAGAAUCGUAUAGAUAUGUACAGAAUAAACAUCAAUACUGAGGAAUCCAAUGGAAACACUUCAUCUGAGGUCACAUCACCAGACAGUUCCCAAUCCGAUAAUAAUCUUCAAGUGUCAUCUAAUAGCAUAGAAUCGACAGAUAAUACCAGUUCACUGGAUACAAGUCAAUCAUAUAAUACGGACACAAGUCUUGAUAUUCCGGACACUUUUGAGGACUUGGACCUCAUUCUUGAUUUAGACUUCAAUGUCGAAGAAAUUGAUUUACAAGCGAAUGAAAUCGAGACUAUUAUUAAUGGGGAUGUCAUACAACAUGAUAACAGCACUGCAAAUAAUACCAUUGAUGUCUUCACUGACUUUAACGACGACAUAUCAGAGCUGGUCUACCAAAAAGCCAUUGAACACGAGUUCACAGUCAUACCCAUCUCCCGGCCCACCACUGACCACACCUACGUUUUCAAUGAAUUAGAGGGCUUUAAACUGACGGAGCUUUUCGGUGCCACAGAGAUCUUCAGCGAAACUCUUUCGGUAGUGUCGGUGACAUCGAUGGCCAGGGAUUACGCGGAUUUGGUUCGUGUGCUGUCGUAUAAAAUCGAUGAACAGGUGAUGCGAGCCAUACGGAUGUCCAAGAAGUUGCAGACAUUUAAUAAUAUCUGCGAAACCGAUCGCAUCUCACUUCUGAAACAGGGGUCACUCGAGCUAUACCUCAUCCGAUCCGUUGCCUACUAUGACAGCGCCGAAGAUCACUGGACCUAUAAUAUGGGAAACAAUACAUCAGUUAUAUUAAGUUUGGAGUUAAUGCGAGUGUUUCCGCGAAAUAUUUACUCGUUUUAUAAGAAAUUCUUACACAAUAUAUGCCGGGAAUGGGAGUCCGAUCUACUAGUCCUCGAUUUGUUAACAGCAAUCGUAUUGUUCAAUCCGGAUCGGCCUAAACUGAUCGACAAGGAUUUGGUAAAACUCCAUCAACACAUUUACAUGCAUUUACUGCGACGAUAUCUACUCGUGAGGUAUCGCUCGCACCCGGAAUCCAACGUCAAGUUCUUAAGACUUUUGAAUUGUUUGAUUGAUUUGACUGUUUUGGGUGAUGUAUACCGACUGAACUGUGCCGAUAAGGACCCGGACACUAUUCCUCCGUUUAUGAGAGAAAUGCUUAAUAUACGCACAAAAAGUCGUAAUAUGCCGGACCCUAGGGCUGAGAAAAAGUGUCUGAUUUGUGGCGACAAAGCCAUUGGUAAUAACUUCGACGCCCUAUCGUGUGAAUCAUGUAAAGCCUUCUUCAGGAGGAAUGCCAUCAAAUAUAAGCAAAUAAGGUGCCAUUUUGGCGAUAAUUGUGUGAUUAAUAUCUUAACCCGAAAAUCUUGUCGUAAAUGUCGACUCGAGAAAUGUCUGGACGCGGGAAUGAAACAAGACUGGUUAAUUCCAAACUAUAAGCCAGCUAAGAAAAUGAGCAAAAGUCAUAAAAUAUAUGAAAAGUCUUAUAAAAUGGACACAACUAUUGAAAGUCCGAAUGCCUCGUCCAGUGAUAGGACAUCACCGGACAGUUCCCACUUGAGUGACACAACUCCUAAUAAUAGCAUUGAAAUGCUCGACAUUUUCGAUGCAUUAGAUAUGGACUUCAAUGUCGAAGAAUUCAAUACAAUAUUGAAGGACAUAGAGGAAUGCAUUUCAGUUGAUAAUCCAAUAAUUAACCAUGAUAACAUGCCAGUACUCAAUGAUAUUAACCCGGAUCACAUACCACAAGAGCAUAUGGUUGAACACAUAGCUCGGCCUAUCUUUGACCCCAUGUUUUCACUGAAUGAGUUGGAGGGCAACCGUUUGGCACAACUACUAAAUGCGACCAAUUUUUUCGCCGAGCCCUCGGCACCGGUAGCCUAUAAGGCGAAAAACUUUGAGGAAUUACGUCAAGUGUUGGUCUAUAGGGUGGACCAACAUGUGGAACGAGCGAUGAAAAUGUUGAAAGUGUUGGGCUCUGCGAAAGGUGUGGUGGAGUCCGACAGAGAGACUCUCAUCAAACAGGGAGUACUCCAUCUGUUUUGCAUCCGAUCCGUGCCUUUCUAUGACUGCACUCAACACCAAUGGACUUAUAAUUUGGGGAACAACACAUCAGUCGUAAUCAGUUUGGAGUUAAUGCGAGACUUUCCGCAAAAUCUAUAUUUUAAUUACAAAAACUUUUUGAAUAAUAUAUGCAACGAAUGGGAAUCCGAUCCUUUGGUUCUCGAUUUGUUAACAGCGAUCACCCUGUAUAACCCAAAACGACCCCGACUUUUGUUUAAGGAGUUAGUUAGACUCGAGCAACAAAUAUACAUGUAUUUACUUAAACGCUAUUUACAAAUGAGAUACAGUUGUCAAGUGGAGUCACAGCAAAAAUAUACAAAACUUAUGAAUUGUAUGCAAGAUUUGGAUGCCUUGGGACAGAGUUAUCGGACAUAUUGUACCAGAAAAGACCCUGAUCAACUUUCACACCUUAUGAGAACUAUUCUUGGCAUGAAUUUUAAUGCCAUGUCCUGUGAGUCGUGUAAAUCAUUCUUCAGGCGAACGGCUCUCAAGAAUAAGGAGUUGACGUGUGAUUUCAAAAACCACUGCAAAAUCGAUGUCUACUCACGAAAGUGUUGUAUGAAGUGUCGGCUCAAGAAGUGCUUUGACGUCGGAAUGAGAAAAGUUGUCCACAAUUUUGACUUGAUUCUGUCGAGAGAUACAAAGACUGAGAGAAAACUGAAAAUAGAAAUCAAUAAAAAUUACCGCAAAGACAGUGACAGCGGAUCUAAUGACACAUCAGAUACGACAUCAUCGCCAGAGAGUGGCCACCAGUCGAGCCAACCAAAUGUUGGUACACUUGAAACGCCCGACAAUUUUGAUGACUUAGACUUAGACCUCGAUAUCGACGAAAUCAAUACACAAAUCAUGGAAAUCGAGAAAUUGAUUGAAGAGGAAGACCACAGUAUUUACAAUAAGGCAGCGGAACAGGAGUUACCGCUACUGUCGAUCGCCCGACCCUUCACUAAUAUAUACAGUUUUAAUGAGUUAGAGACCCAUAAACUGACCGAGCUAUUUAACGCCACAUCCUUUUUCAACGAUUCUACAGCACCUACAUGUGUGGUCUCACAGGUACUGACUGAUCGUGGGACGGGUCACGCUUUUAUGAAUAAAUUUGAGCUACAGUUCCGCCAAAUGAUCAAAAUGUCCAAAGCGUUGACCACAUUCAACAGUAUUAGUGAAUCGGACAGAAUCACCCUCAUUAAAGAAGUGGCACUGGACCUGUUCAGUCUACGUGUCGUUCCCUAUUAUGACCCCGUUAGUCAUUACUGGAGUUGUAUCAUGAAUAACGAGAGUACAGUUAUAUUGGAUUUGGGGUCAAAAAAGUUGAACCAAAACUUGUAUUCGUUAGGACUGUUCCUGGACAAAAUCAGUACAGAAUUGGAAACCGAUACUAUUGUUUUAGACCUGUUAACGGCAAUAGUAUUGUUUAAUCCGGAUAGACCUAAACUUGAACACAAACAGUUUGUUAAAUUACAACAGAAUACUUAUAUGUAUUUACUUCAGCGCUAUUUAGCCGUCAGAUAUCAGUCGCAAACUGAAUCCACUUUAAAAUUCGUGAAACUUGUAAACUGUCUCAAAGAUUUAUAUGCUCAUAAUGCUAAGUUAAAAAUGAAUAUGACCUAUAAAGACCCUGCUCAUUUAACACCAGUCAUGAGGGAGAUAUUAGACAUUCAAGAGAAAAAGUUGGACAAUAAUGGUGAUGGAUCAGUUGACACAACAGUCAUCACCAAUAAUAUUAUCGUUUAUUAA